AUGGAGAAAGAGAAGGAAAAGAGGGAGGAGGAAGAAAAGGAAAAAGGGAAGCGACGAGCUGUGCCGAAAUUCGGAUCCUUCAAACCGAAUCUUACUCCCGAGUCCGCGCCCGAGUCCGCGCCCGAGACACGGCCUGCGUCAAAAGAGAGGAGGGCCCACAAAGACGGCCUCAGUGGAGCCGAAAAGGAUAGGAGUGACCGCCGCCAUCAUGAACGUGAUCGUGGUCGUGAUGGUGACCGUCAUGGGGAACAACGCCAUUCCAGCCAUCUACCCCCACGGCCAGGCAGCCCCAGGGCGAUGUCAAGUCGAAAUAAAACCGAACGCGAAGGCCUUUCCACCCUGAACGACGAUCUCUUCGUCAUCGACAAGCGUGGUGACCUGCUCAUCGUUCAGUUCGGGACCAACGACCGCUCUCAGAUUCCAGUCUAUUACCGCUUCGGCGCAGGCAAAGUCAUAGGCUCACCGGGAUUCCUCACCAUCCACCGCGACGGCGCCCAAGAACAGUUCAGCAUCAGAGGGCCCGGCGAAGGCAGCAGCAGCGGCUCCGCCUUUCGCGACAAGGCACUCGUAGCAGCAGCCUUCCGCGCCCGUUCCAAACGCAUCCAAAUCUCCGAGGCCAACGUCCCAACAACACCCGAAGACUUCAUCCCUCUCGGCCCGUCCCGCAAGCGAAAACGCACCGACGACGACCCGAGCGACCAGCCAUUACCCGAUUACCGCUCCAUCCACGGCGAGGCGCGCGCCAACGUCCACCUCGACUCCGACCUCGACUCCUCCGACUCCGAGUCCGACCUCAACCCCCACUCCCACUCCCGCUCCCACCCGUGCUCCCCCUCUCCCAAACCAACCCAAUCCCAACCCACCCCGCUCACCCGCGCCGCUCACCUCUCCCGCCACACAUCCUCUUCACCCUCCAAACCCAACACACCCCCACCACCCACCACCAUCACCGCGCGCACCCCCGAAGAGAUGCGCGCCCUCGCCGAACUGAAACUAGCCCUGUACCAGGAAGCCCUACCGCACGCUGCUACCGCAGGCCCGGCGGAGCGUGAGCGUGAGCGGCUGGUGCUGGGCAUGAUGCGCGAGGCGGGGCGGGUGUGGGGGGAGGAGGCGCUCGCGAGGAAGUGGGAGGAGCUUGUUGCUGAGGAGAAAGGUGGGGUUGGGUUUGGGUUGUGGAGGGCGCGGUUGGACUUUGAGAUGGGCAGGGCGGCGGGGUUUGGGGUGGAGAGGGUGAGGGAGGAGAUUGUGGGGAGGUUGGCGGGGUUGGGGGGGAGGCUUGCCGACUAUGGGAGAGGUGGGGAGGGAGGAGAGGAACAGCUGUGUGGGCAGGCGGUGUACGUGUUUUUGCGGCUGACGCGGUUCUUCCAUGAUGCUGGGUUUGUGGAGCUGGCGGUUGCGGCAUGGCAGGCGAUGUUGGAGAUGGUGUUCUGUCGGCCGCGGGGUGAUUUUGCGACUGCUGAAGUGGCGAUGGCGUCGUUUGCUGGGUUCUGGGAGAGCGAGGUGGCGCGGAUAGGGGAGGAGGGCGCCAGAGGCUGGAGGCACUUCGUUGAGACGGGCGAGGACAUGGCUGAUCCGCCUGAGCCGAGGGCGGAUGGGCCCAGCGAGGUGCCCAGGAUGACAGACCCCUUUGAGGCUUGGGCUGCUGCGGAACAGCAGGCGGCAGGAAAGGCACGCAUGCCUGCGAGGACGCUUGACGAGGGGAUGGAUGAUGACCCAUUUAGGGUUAUCAUGUUUUCGGAUAUCAAGGAUCUGCUGAUCUGGAUUCCGUCGGCGCUGCUCUCGCGAGUGAAGCCCCUAUUAGCCGACGCAUUUCUCGUCUUCUGUGGACUUCCGCCGGCAGGGCUGUCAGGAGGGGAGUUUACGACUAUGCUAGAUGACCCGUUUGUUUCAAGCAGGGGUCAAGGUCUCGAUCUCGGCUUGAGCAGAAAAGACACUGGGGCGACGCAAGAUCUUUCGAGGCGGACGCCCGAGUUUAAACAGGAAGGAGGCAGCAUGGUGAUAUCACCCGACGUCCUCUUCUCGAGAGAUCCGUGGUCCCGGUAUCUUAACAAGUGGUCAGAUACCCAUCAGCCGGGGGAUAGACAAGUGGAUAUCUCAUGGGUACUCUCUACACUGGAACGCUUGGUUAAAGAUUGCGGUGUGGAGGCGCUAGCAGAGUAUUACUUAGCGAUGGAGUGGCUGAAUGAGCCAACGAAAGCGAGAAAAGUCGCAAAGGGGCUUUUGAAACAGUACAGCUCCAAUAUUAAGCUGUACAAUGCCUAUGCUCUGGUCGAGUCGGCGAACGGCAACGCCGAAGUUUCUCAUAAAGUCCUAUCAUCGGCCACUGGACUGCAGCUAAAAAACACAACGCAAUAUGCCGAAAGCCUGAUGCUCCUCGAAUACCUAACUUCCGAAGCCCGCGGUGAGCCUGCAUACCAGGCCCCAGGGAACCUGAAGGGCAGUCUCUCCGCCAUCCAGAACUUCUCCCCCGAGCUUGAAGCCCAGACCUCCAAAAUCUCUCCACCACGAACGCCUCCUCCAAACCACCGCCCGCCUCCUCUACCACCACGCCACCCACGGCCCCCGCUCCGCAUCACCGACCCCGUGCGCACCACCCUGCACACCCUCUCCCUCACGCCGCCCCACGCCCGCCUCGGCACCCGCCGCUUCGCCCUGCACCACGCGGCGCGGGCGGGCGCGGGGACGGUGCAUGCUGUGCGGGCGGAGUUUGAGGCCGCGUUGGGAGUGGGGGAGGGAGGUUUGGGUGGUGGUGGUGGGGGGUGUGCGGAGUUGUGGGUGCGGUACGUGCGGUUUUGUUGUGGGGAGAGGGAGUUGAGGGGGGUGGUGAAGGGGGUGUUUUAUCGGGCGGUUGGGGCGUGUCCUGGGGUGAAGGAGGUUUAUUUGGAGGGGUUGAGGGCGCCGGUGUUGAGGGAGGUGUUGGGGGAGGUGGAGGUUAGGGCGGUGAGGGAGGCGAUGGUGGAUAGGGGGUUGAGGGUGCAUGUGGAUUUUUGGGGGAGGUGA